AUGACGACUUCAUAUCACCCGCAAGCCAAUGGAAUCGUUGAACGAUUCCACCGAACGUUGAAGGCGGCAAUAAAUUGCAACGACUCCACUCAAUGGGUAAAACGCGUCCCACUCAUACUUCUGGUCCUUCGUGCAACCUUGAAAGAGGAUAUCAAUGCAACGCCGGCAGAACUAGUGUAUGGUACAUCGCUCAGACUUCCAGCUGAUCUACUGGUACCAACACUCGACGAUCACUCACAAUGUGAGUUCAUCAAAGACCUUCGAAACACGAUGCGCCAGUCUAAACCCCAGCAGACAGCUUGGCACACAAACCAACAACCCUUUGUGCACAAAGAUCUUAAGACAUCAACUCACGUUUUUGUCCGCAAUGACAAAAUCAAAGCUUCCAUAAUUCAACCAUAUAAAGGACCAUUUAGAGUAUUGCAGCGCUACGAGAAGUUUUUCACCCUUUCUAUUCGAAAUAAGGCCAUCAAGAUCUCUGUAGACCGCCCUAAGGCAGCAUACCUCGAAUCCAAUCAAGACAACAGCCCUCUACCGUCUUCUUCAUCUACAUUGGUUAUUCCAGAACCGCCACCACAAGCAACUACUCAGCCGUACCACACCUUUAGAGGUCGACUAGUCCAAGCUCCUGUGCGCUAUCGUUAG